CGUAUUUAAACAUGCGAACAGUUCUCGUGACGUUUUGGGAAAUUCUUACCCUAAAAAUAUUAAUAUUUAUUGAAGUUGUGUCUCAAAUCAAUAACGUACCAACACUACCACUGCCUUCAUUAGUUUCAAGGACAACAUCAUCAACACCUACAACUCCUAUUCCUAUUGAUUUUACGAAAAAACCACCGCUAGGUGAGUGGAAUGGAACGAAGAGACGGGCAUUUGGCGACUGGCUGCUUUUCGGGAACUGGAGACCAGACGGAGUGUCUCCGACAAAAACAAUGGAUAUCGAGUACGAGGGUUAUAAUGGAUGGUACAAUAAUUUAGCCAAUCCAAGAAGAGGCGCGGUUGAUACUUCGUUGCUUAGAAGGUGGCCAGCUUCUUACGAAGACAAUACGUAUUUGCCCGAUUAUUUAAAUAAACCAAAUCCUUUGGAACUGAGCGACAGGUUACUGAGCGGAAGCAUUGGAACAGUUUCGAAAAAUGGAAAAAACGCUCUUUUUGUAUUUUUUGGUCAACAAAUCGUUGAAGAAAUAUUAGAUGCACAAAGACCAGCUUGCCCUCCCGAAUAUUUCAAUAUCAAGGUACCCAAGGGCCAUCAUUUUGAGAAUUUAACCGGGCACACGCAAAUGCCUUUCCUCCGAAGCCGUUACGACCCGACCACAGGAUAUAGUCCAAACAACCCCAGGCAGCAAUUGAACGAAAUUACACCGUAUAUCGACGGCGGACUGUUUUAUGGUACCAGCAAAAUGUGGGCCGAUGAGUUACGAACUUACGCGAACGGAACGGUCGAUCCGGACGGAAAACUGGCGUCUUCGCACAAUGGACUCUUUCCGGAAUUUAAUACGCGUAAAUUACCAAUGGCCAAUCCACCAUCACCAUUUUAUCAUGCCCAUUAUAUCGACAGACAUGAAACAGAUUCAGUUGAACGAUUUUUUAAACUGGGAAACCCAAGAGGUAAUGAAAACGCAUUUCUCCUUACCUUCGGCAUAUUAUGGUUCCGAUGGCAUAACUAUCUCGCUGCCAGACUUCGCACUCAUUACAGGGAUUGGUCCAGUGAACACAUAUUUAAUGAGGCACGAAAAUGGACAAUCGCAAUUCAACAACAAAUUUAUCUCUACGAGUGGUUACCGGUACUUAUUCCUGGAGGACUGUCCGACUACCCUUACAAAUACGAUCCUGCCAUUGAUCCCCAAAUAGAUCAGUUUUUCCAAUCCGCGGCUUUUCGGUUCGGGCAUACCCUGGUUGUCCCAGGGGUGUACUUGAGAGAUUACGUUUCAAAAGAUUGCUCUUAUCAAUCGGCAGAGUGGCAAUUGCCAGCUGUUAGAACGUGUAACAUCUUCUGGAGGGGCCAUGAACCUAUCCUUAAGACCAUGGAUAUCGAUAAGCUUUUAAUGGGCAUGUCUGUCCAACUUUGUGAGAGGGAAGAUCACAAGAUCGUCGAGGAUUUACGGGGCAACGUUUUCGGUCCGCUGGAAUUUCCUCGCAGGGAUCUAAUGGCCCUUAACGUACAAAGGGGAAGAGAUCACGGGCUGCCCGAUUUUAAUAUGGCCAGAAAAGCAUUCGGCCUUGACCCUUAUUUGAAUUGGGAACACUUCCGUACAGCUAACCCUCAGUUGAAUGAUAGCAUUAUAGAUAGAUUGAAAGAUUUAUACCGUAAUGACAUUAACAGUAUCGAUGUCUGGAUUGGAGGGAUACUGGAGACAACAGAUGGACCCGGUCAAUUAUUCAAAACGAUAAUAUUGGACCAGUUUCGGCGAAUCAGGGAUGGUGAUCGAUUUUGGUUUGAAAAUUCGAAUAACAAUCUAUUUACGCCAUUAGAAAUUGCAAGAAUUAAAUCAACGUCGCUUUAUGACAUCAUUAUGGCAACUACAAAGAUGGCGGUGGACGACAUACCUAAAUUCCCGUUUAGGGCGGCAGUCGAGGGCGAUGUUGAGUUAGUUUCGAAGUGUAAAUUAAAAAAGAUCCCAGGAAGCGGCGGAGAUUAUUACGCAUUGCCACAACUAAAUCAACAGCUCUUAAACCAAACGUGCGUCCAAGGAACCUCCUACGAUUAUUUUAGGGGUAGCGCGCUUUCCUUCAUAUUAACUUUCGUCAGCAUCGCAGUCUUUGGAAUAGGAAACAUCGCAGUUAUUUAUGCAGCUAUACGAAGAAAGGAUUCGAUUCGCAAAAAUCAUGAGAGCAAAAGACACGAUCGGAUCAGACAAACGAUAGAAUCCAGCUGGAACGUAAAAUAUCCGAUGUUUAUGGUAAACGAAUACGUGCUUCCCAAAAACCCCCUUCGACAAAUAGUGUUGCUAUUAAAAUCGAAGGAAAAGCAGAUAUGCAUUCAAAAUUACUCUGGCUUAACACUUCGGGCAAUCGAUUUAUCCAACAAAACUAAAUGCGUUGUAAAAAUCAUAAACAUUUACGACGAACCAACUACCAUAUUGCAGUUCCCGCAAAACUACGAUCUGGUUUUGAAAUUCGAUUACGAAUACCUGCGGAAGGCUUUCAUGAAAGAGUUCGAUGUUUUCGUGGCGGCGAACAACAAACUCGAAAAAGAGCUCAUCAACAACUUCAACUGGAAAGCGGCGAAAAACAUAAUCGUGACAAAACAAGACCGUCAGAAUUUUUUAGAAAUGUUUUUCAGGGUCGCGUUUGCCCAGGCAUUUCAGAUAGCCCAUUCGGAAAAAGAAGUACUGCGUGUCGACGGUUUUCUGGCUAAAGAAUUAAUAGAUACGGAAUUGACGUUGACAGAAUUCGCAGAUUCGCUCAAUAUGCGGCCCGAAAACGAAUUCGUUAGAAGAAUGUUCAUGUUGGUUGAUAAGAAUAAGAACGGAUUCAUAUGUUUUCGCGAGUUCGUUGAUCUGCUCAUAAUUUUUGCUGAUGGAACCGAAGAAGAAAAAGCCAAGCUACUUUUUAAUUUGUAUGACAUAGAUGGCACCGGAUAUCUAAGAUCGAAAGAUUUUACUUUGAUCAUAAAGUCAUUUCUUGAGACCGUUGGGGGACAAGUUGACGACAGAGAAAUAGAACAGUCCAUAAUGGCGAUGUUAAAAAAGGCGGGUGUCGAACAUAAGAGUGAGUUGAGUUUUUCGGACUUUAAACUUAUUAUUGGGGACGAUAUCAAAACUUUGAACCACGCAAGGUUGGACUUUCAAGGGUUGAAACUGAGUAACCCGAAUAUCUUUUUGUAUACUGCCAAAGAAACAAUGGAAAAUAUAUACGAGUCCAGAAGCGAAAUUGAAAGCCGAUUUCAAGGAAUUGCCGCUAACCAUUCGAGCAGAAUAAUCGAUCAGAAGCAAGAAGAAGAGGCAGUCGAAUAUCAUGAAAAGGAGCAAUCUUUUUACCUCUCGUACCGGAAUAGGGUACUUCGUUUCAUCGAAAUUAAAUGCAGGGAAAUCUUCUGGCUGUCGUUGUAUACAAUGGUGCUCUUGUGCAUUUUUGCAGAACGAGCGUACUAUUAUUCGGUGGAGGCUGAACACUCUGGGUUGAGAAGAAUUGCAGGGUAUGGCGUAUCGAUUACAAGAGGUGCGGCGUCAGCGAUAAUGUUCACUCAUGGUUUUCUUUUCGUCACUAUGUGCAGAAACUCCAUAACUUACUUGAGAGAUACCGUAGCUAAUAGGUAUUUCCCAUUCGACUCUGUUGUGGAAAUACACAAGUAUAUCGCCAAUUGGGCUGCAGUCUUUACUGUAAUACAUAUUGUCGGACACGCUUUUAAUUUUUAUCACAUUUCGACACAAACAGCAGACGAUUUGACUUGUUUGUUUAGAAAUUAUUUUCACGCGACUCACGAGUUGCCGAAAUUUUACUAUUGGUGUUUUCAAACCAUUACCGGCGUAACCGGUAUCGCUUUAACCAUGAUGUUUAUAAUUAUGUACGUAUUCGCUCAGACAGUGGUGAGAAGAAAGCUGUAUCACUAUUUUUGGUACAGCCAUAAACUUUACCCAAUUUAUACCGCCCUGAUAAUACUUCACGGUUCCGGUAGACUCAUACAGGCUCCACUUGCCUAUAAUUUUAUAUUGGCGCCUUUAAUCCUGUUUGUUACGGAUUCUCUGGUUAGUACCAGUCGAAAGAAAAUCGAAAUCCCUGUCUUAAAAGCAGAAGUCCUUCCUUCGAACGUUACGAAGUUGGAAAUUCGCAAGCCGGAUAACUUUGAAUUCAAAGCAGGCCAAUGGGUGCGAAUUUCUUGUACCAAACUGAACAGUCACGAAUAUCAUCCGUUUACGCUAUCGUCCGCACCACAUGAAGAUACUUUGACCGUUCACAUUCGAGCUGUCGGACCGUGGACUACCAACAUACGAAACCUUUUUGACACCGACCUUCACCUGGAGCAAUCUUUAUCCAAAGUCCGCCUCGACGGACCUUACGGUGAAGGUCACCAAGACUGGCGUAAAUACGACGUGUCCGUUCUUAUCGGAGGAGGCAUUGGCGUUACGCCGUUUGCCAGUAUAUUGAAAGAUGUAGGAUUCGUGGGGAGCAAAGCCAAAAUGUCAUGUCGAAAGGUAUACUUUAUUUGGGUUUCGAGGACGCAAAAGCAGUUCGAAUGGUUGGUGGAUAUAAUCCGGGACGUGGAAAACAGCGACUUAAACAACUUCAUAAGUUGUCAUAUAUUUAUUACCCAGUUUUAUGAAAAAUUCGAUCUACGUACUAUACUGCUGUACAUCUGCGAAAAACAUUACCAAAGAAUAUCGAACAAGUCAUUGUUUACCAAUUUAAGGGCGGUGACGCAUUUUAGCAGGCCCGCAUUUCCACAGUUCUUCAAGACCGUCCAUUUUCUACAUACUUCGGCAAAACGUAUUGGGGUAUUCAGUUGCGGGCCACCAUCGAUGACUACCGCAGUGAAUAAAGCAUGUAGCCACGUGAAUUCCUUGUACAUGGAACAAAGAUUUGAGCACCAUUUUAAAAACUUUUAGUUUGUCAUUUUCUUCUUAAUGUAACUAAUUAUUAUUGCGCAGAAUACAAUGACUUUUUUAUAUAAUAUAUUCCUAAUUAGCAGUCGAUUUAAAAAUUUCAAUGACAGAAUGUUUUUAUUUUUAUAUAUAUUUCCUAAGUGCCGUACGUACAAUCUACUAUAUUAUGAUAAAUAACGUUUAAAAUUCACUUCUUUAAGUUUACCCUGGACACUGUAGAUGAGCACCCACGAAAUGCAAGAUGGCAUUUAGUAAGCAAGUAACCGGCCGCACAAAAGAAAACUUUGUUGUAAUUCAAAACUAUAAAAAAGAUUUUGCAAUUCGCUAUUUUUUCUGGUGAAUUUUGAUUUUUCAAUCGAAAACAUGCGGAUUUCAACUUGUUCGAGCCUCUAAUUAAAAAUAAUGCCUUGGUUUCGUUCGAGCGUAGCUUUACUUACUUAUUUUUAUUUUAUAGUUAUCAAACUGAUCAGUGCGGUUUUUAAAGCGACAGUCAAAAAUAUUUUGUUGCCAAAAACAGAUUAUUGUAAAUUAAAAUUAAAAUUAUAUAAUACAUUAAAUUAUUAUUAUUAUAUGCUGUGUUAAAUAAUAACUAUUUUUACAAAGACAAUCAAAACAAAUUAUUAUAAUUAAAGAGACUAUGAAAAAAUUAUCCUAGUAAAAUGUAUAACAGUGUGCUUACCAAACUCAUAGCUGAAGAUAAUCCGAUAUUAACCUUAAAAGAGUGUAGUAAACAUUAUCUCUGGAAAAUAGGUUAUAGACGUAUUGGAAGUAUUCGAUGAUCCAGCCAGUCAUGGAUCUUUGCUGUUAUAAAUAUUAUGGAAUAUAUGAAAUCGUAUAGAUGUUGUCAAUGCAACCCCUUGCCUUGCGAAAGUCCUACUGAGCUUCUGUUAUAAUGCCCACAGCAUAUUCGCAUUUCAAAAGCCUCCUAAGGAGUAUGUUCAUAAAUAGUCAGUACCGUAUUCUUCAAAGCAAUUGUGCGGAAAUUGUCUUCUGUCUUCCUUUUUGUGAAACCUCGACCUUUAAGUAAGAUAUUAAAAAAAUGAGCCAAGUUGUGAGAGCCAGUUUUGUGGUGUUCUUUAAAAAAUCACAUAGCGUAGCUAAUUCGAGGAGCAUCCGUUUCUGUCAAAAAUGAUGAACUUUAGUUAUGACGUUUCGUUUAAUUCAAUAACGCCAUAAAAAAAGUUAAUGAAAAUCAAAAAGAAGAGAAAAGAAGAAGACAAAGAUAAAAUUUUUAUUUUCAUUCUAUUCCUGCGAAAAUUUUUUGGAUGUCAAUCAACCAGCUAGUGCGGUCGUCAUUAAUUUUACAUAAAAUUUCGAGAAACUGAAAAUCGA